AUGACGGUUAAGUCAGCAGGAAGUUAUCUUUAUUAUGUUUAUGAUUCGGGACAGAGGUACAUUGUAGAUAUUGAGCGUGGCACGUGCAAUUGUGGCCGGUAUCAAAUUGAUGAAAUACCUUGUCCACAUGGAAUUGCCGUAUUAAAAAGUAAAAAUGUGGAUGUAAAGGAUUAUGGCCGUUAUUGCUCUGAAUUGUACAGGCCACAAACCAUAGUAAAGACAUAUGAACUCCCGAUAGUUUCAAUGCUAGACAAGAAGGAUUGGAAUGUUCCAGGUUUUGUUGAUGAUGAAGAAGUUUUGUCACCUAAAUAUCGAAGACCUCCUGGUAGACCAAAAAAAGAAAGGCAUUUGAAAUCAAGUGAAUCACUGUCUUUAAAUUUGAACCGCUGCGGUAAAUGCUAA